CCCUUCCCAGUCCAACGACUACAUGUCCCAUCCUGCCCUGCGCUCGCGCACACUACGCAAAGCAACAUGGCCGAUACAGCGGCUACUGCCGGGGCUGGCGGCUCCGGAACGAGAUCAGGAAGUAAACAGUCCACUAACCCUGCUGAUAACUACCACCUGGCCCGGAGGCGAACCCUGCAAGUGGUUGUGAGCUCCUUGCUGACAGAGGCAGGGUUUGAAAGCGCCGAGAAAGCAUCUGUGGAAACACUAACAGAGAUGCUGCAGAGCUAUAUUUCAGAAAUUGGGAGGAGUGCCAAGUCUUACUGCGAGCACACAGCCAGGACCCAGCCCACACUGUCAGAUAUUGUGGUCACACUUGUUGAGAUGGGUUUCAACGUGGACACUCUCCCUGCUUAUGCAAAGCGGUCUCAGAGGAUGGUCAUCACUGCCCCUCCAGUGACCAAUCAGCCAGUGACCCCCAAGGCCCUCACGGCAGGGCAGAACCGGCCCCACCCGCCGCACAUCCCCAGCCAUUUUCCUGAGUUCCCUGACCCCCACACCUACAUCAAAACUCCGACAUACCGUGAGCCUGUGUCAGACUACCAGGUCCUGCGGGAGAAGGCUGCAUCCCAGAGACGAGAUGUGGAGCGGGCACUCACCCGUUUUAUGGCCAAGACAGGCGAGACUCAGAGUCUUUUCAAAGAUGAUGUCAGCACGUUUCCAUUGAUUGCUGCCAGACCUUUCACCAUCCCCUACCUGACAGCUCUUCUUCCAUCUGAGCUGGAGAUGCAGCAAAUGGAAGAGACAGAUUCCUCGGAGCAGGAUGAGCAGACAGACACAGAGAACCUCCCUCUUCAUAUCAGCACGGAUGAUUCUGGAGCCGAGAAGGAAAACACCUCUGUCCUGCAGCAGAACCCUGCCUUGUUGGGAAGCCGGAACGGGGAGGAGAGCGUCAUCGAUAACCCCUACCUGCGCCCUGUGAAGAAACCCAAGAUCCGCAGGAAGAAGUCCCUCUCGUGAGCGGAGGAAGCCUGCCUUGUACAGAGACACGGACACCACCCUCACUCACCCUCCAGGGGGAGUUAAAGACCCUCAAGCGAAGAAGAGAGGGUGGCCUCUGUGUGGUUGAGCCAGGGUGUGACAAAGUAUGAUUUUAACAGCAGACUCUAUAUCAUAAUUACCUGUUUUCACUGGAUGUUUGGGUUGAGGAAGAUACUCUGGUAAUAAUAAUGAGGCUUUCUUAAUCAACCAGGCCAUACUAUGGCGCAUGGGAGCACUGGGAUAUGAUGUUUAUCAUAGGACUUAAUUCCUGGGAAACCUGGAAGAUCGUGGAAGAUGGCAGGAAAGAAAGGGUCGGUGCCUGCUUUGCUUACUGCCAGAAGACUUGUUUGCCUAGUUUGUAUUUCAGAAUAUGUGGAGCCCUUGUAUUGAUGCAAACAGUUUGUGGCACCAAUUUAUUGUCCCAGAACCUCAUUAUUUCUCUCAUCUGGGCUCCACCUGCCCUGUUGAGCUGAUUGAAAUGACUUUGCUCUUUCUCAGUUUAGUGGUAACAGGGAGCCCACACAGUACAGGACCUGGGGUUGACGUCAGGGGGCAUGAGCAGACACGUUAACGUGGAGGAGAAUGACACACGCAUGCAACAUGGAUUCUCUCAUCAAGACAGCUCCCUAGUGCAGGGCAAUGCUCUCUCCUGAGAGAUUUGUCAUUUAUUGUUUACCUCAGGAGAAUGUUUGCUUGGGAACCACUAAGCCCGGCCCCAUCCUGGAAAAAGGUUUUUCUGAACAAGGGCCUAGAUCAGUGGCUUAAUCAUGGAAUCACCAAUUUUGAACUAACUGGAAGAAGAUUUGAUGGGGGCAUGGGGUGAGAUUUUGAAAACGGCUUGGCCUUGUAUUCUGAAAGCUGAGAAACCUGACCGGCCCACUGGAAGGCUGGUAGGGACAGAAGGCCAUGUCUUCACCUUACAGCAGAGGUGGGCCGAAAGCAGCCUGCCAGCUAAGCCAAGGUCUUCUUCCAGAAACACGUCUGAAUCUGUUAACCUCUUUGCCUCCUGGGGACGGAAGACUUGAUGUAUACCCUACAAACCAAAAAACAAGUGUUUACAGAAGGUGCUGCGUAAGCUGAAACCCUUUGGUCGCCAAAGGAAAAGAUUUAAAAACCAAGGCCAAGGAAGAAAAAUGCCAGCAACCCGGAAGUUAACACAGGAUGAAUAGCGUUCCCUGGGUUAGCAUCCUAAGGCCCAUCCUGAACUUACACUUGGCUUCACAGUCAUACCUUCUGUGUUCUUGGAGAAUUUGGUGACUUGACAGCAGGUUGUGUUCCUUGAGCCUCCCUGUUCUCUAGGACACUCAUCCCAUUGCCUGGAAGGGAAGAGCUGCUUGUCAGUAACUAACGAGGGGAUGUUACAAAAUUACAUUUCCCCACCUCUGGAUCCAGUAAGAGUUUUCCUUGUUUGUAGUGACCUGAAAUUCUUCCAGUUGAAAAUAGUCAGAUUGGUCCUGUGCUGACCUCAGAGUUGGUGAUUUGGUUCUUGGCGGUUUUUAGCCCGUUGAGUUUAAACACAGUCCCAGGUUUGAGCCAUGAUGGAUGCAAGGCUGAACUGUCCUCAGGGUGCUCGUCCCAGGCAACACGUCUACAGUUGCUCUUUUUCCAUUUACUCUCCAAGCAGCUGUUGAAUGCUGUUAUGGGAUGAGGUGGGGUUUGGAGAAGAGUCGCCAUUCCCUCUGUUGCGAUUUCAGAGGCUGUACUACUGUGAUUCUGCCCUGGAUGAGAGCCCGUGGCAGAUGGUGAGACCACUUGAAAAUUGACAUGACUAUUGUGUAAAAACUGUGCAUAAUUCUCAGUGUAUAUUUACAAAUUUCUAUUUUGUAUAACUUUGGGAGACUUCGUAGAGGGAAGAAGUAAUAAAGCCAGGUUAAGGAUAUGAUUUAUGAGCUCUUAAUAAAGGUCAUAAUAAAAACUUUGUUUUUAAAAA